AUGGAUCCUUUUGCCAAUGAAACUUCGGAUGGCGAGGACGACCGUGUCAUUGAAGUAGCAUUGGAGAAUGCCAGAGUCAAUACUUCGAUCACGGUAUCAACCUCAACGUCCUUGAACAACCCGGAACAGGACGCGGUACGAGAUACGCUAGGUCGGUUUGCCGGUGUCCCUCGAAGGCCAACCAGCGAAAACCCGCCCGUUGGAGGCCCUUCUGGGAGCUCGAUUGGCAGAGAGCGGAGCGGGUCGACAAAGGCGGCCAUGGACGUUGACGCUUUCAAGAGAUUAUUGCUUACUGGAGAGCGAGGGACACCAUCAUCCGCGGCGGCAGAGGCGGCGGUGCAGAACACCCACACAGGGGUCAUGCCAACUGUCAGCGACAGUGGCUCCAGUGCCGAUACAGCCUCGAUUUCGCAGCACUCGAUUUUCGAGACCGUUGUACCGCUGCCUGAGGCAAGCCCACGCACUUCAGACGACUUGGAGGAACACCAAGCAAAUGAACAGCGCGCCACCAUGGGAUCUGCGUCAGAAACUAGAAAGAAGCCCCCUCCACCGAAAAGCCGACGCGGAAAGCCUCUAAGAGACUCGAGGGGGGAGAGCGGUCCGACACCGACGUUUGAUAGUUUUAUUAACUCUCUUUCGAUGCCCAGCAGUCGCCAUGUCAGCUCCGAACCAUCCGGGUUGACAUCUCCCACGACUGAUCGCAGUACUACCAAAGAGCCAAGUUCCCCGACCGCCGAGACCGAAGUCCACAGGAGAACACCACCGGCACCUCCGCUAGCUCGGCGAAAGAGCAUGCAAGCAUCCAGUAACCCGGGUUUGACGAGAAGCGGCUCCUCGAAAGACUCUACGCUCAAAGAGCUGGAAACACCUUCGAGUCCAGUGGUUCCCAGCACAACCCACAAACUCCCACCGCCGCCUCCUUCACGACGGUCAACCGGUGCAACCGAGCGGAAAUCAUCCAUGGAGGUCUCUUCUUUCGCAGAAGCAAUCAACAACCCCGACGUACAACAUCAGGAAAGGCCUUCCGCCACGGAGUCAGAACAUGAAACGCCUAGUAGUAAUUCUCUCCUCUCCAGAAGACUGAGCCAUCCGCAUCCUCCCCCUGUGCCACCUCCUCGUCGGGGCCGCGGGUCCAGCCGAAGUAGCGUGGAAAAUCAACGGCCCUCAAUGGCAGCUUUGGGGGCCGCGGAACAUGGAGGCACUGGUUCAAGUUUACGACGGAGUUCUACGGAGGGAAGGGAUAUAUUGGCCGAUCUCGCGGCCCUUCAGAGAGAGGUGGAUGCCGCGAGAGCGAGUGCCGAAGGGGGAUGA